UUUGCUCCGGAAGUACAGCAAAUCUUUGGUUCACAGGAAAAGGAAAAAGACAGCUGUUGUUUGGAAACAAAACAGUAAAAAUGCCUGCCCCUAAAAGACAACAGGCUACUCAGAAUCCUCAAACUAAGAGAAGAAAGGUGGAUCAGAAUGAAGUGGCCAUGCCAUCUAACAAAAUGACACCAGCCUCUGUAACGUCAAGCAAGCCCCAUAGAGAAGGACCUUCGCAGAGAAGGAAUAAGAAAAAGCCCCCAGCACAACGAAAAGACAGAAAUAAACCAUCAAAGUCCGGCUGUCAUUCCUCCAAGACAAGAUCAUCCCAAAAGGCCACCACAAGGACCAAGUCCAAUCCACUUGUCAAGAAUGCCAAGCUGCUGAAAGCCACAAGUGCCUCAUCAAAGAAUCCCAACUCCAAAGGAACCCUAAAAAGACCAGCUAAGAUCUCCAAAACAGCUUCCACAGAGUCAGACGAGGAGCUUAUCAGAACUCGCAAACCCCAUUGCAUCAGAAAAUACUCUAAUGGGGAUAGAGGUAAGCGUAAAGGGUCACACUCUAACCCGAAUGAAGCAGCCUUGCCCUCAGACCCUGUGCAGAUGGAUCACAAUUAUGGUAUACCCCCUGCAUCUCGUGGUAGUCAUUCUGAAUGUGAGGAAAAUACAAUUAAGGGAGUCACAGAGUCCACCAGAAGCCCAGAGAGCCAGAGAGAUGGAAAGAUGGAAACUCAAGAAUCUUCAGUGAAGGCUUCAGGUCCCGUACGUGGACAACCUGAGCAGGUGAACCAGAGCAGUGAGACACAGGAGAUGCAGGGAGAUUCUGUGACUACUCCUACAGAUGAAGUUAAUGAGAGUGUAGAGACCAAGCCUGACACACAAAUAAUGUCUCCUCCCGCUAUAGUAGCAUCCUCUGAGAAAGCUUCAGACCCCAUCCCUGAGCACUUGAACCAGAGCAGUGAGAGACAGGAGAUGCAGGGAGAUUCUGUGACUACUCCUACAGAUGAAGUUAAUGAGAGUGUAGAGACCAAGCCUGACACACAAAUAAUGUCUCCUUUAGCUAUAGUAGCAUCCUCUGAGAAAGCUUCAGACCCCAUCCCUGAGCACUUGAACCAGAGCAGUGAGAUGCAGGGAGAUUCUGUGACUACUCCUACAGAUGAGAGUGUAGAGACCAAGGCUGACACACAAAUAAUGUCUCCUCCCGCUAUAGUAGCAUCCUCUGAGAAAGCUUCAGACCCCAUCCCUGGGCAGCUGAACCAGAGCAGUGAGACACAGGAGAUGCAGGGUGAUUCUGUGACUACUCAUACAGAUGAAGUUAAUGAGAGUGUAGAGACCAAGCCUGACACACAAAUAAUGUCUCCUCCCGCUAUAGUAGCAUCCUCUGAGAAAGCUUCAGACCCCAUCCCUGGGCAGCUCAACCAGAGCAGUGAGACACAGGAGAUGCAGGGUGAUUCUGUGACUACUCCUACAGAUGAAGUUAAUGAGAGUGUAGAGACCAAGCCUGACACACAAAUAAUGUCUCCUCCCGCUAUAGUAGCAUCCUCUGAGAAAGCUUCAGACCCCAUCCCUGGGCAGCUCAACCAGAGCAGUGAGACACAGGAGAUGCAGGGUGAUUCUGUGACUACUCCUACAGAUGAAGUUAAUGAGAGUGUAGAGACCAAGCCUGACACACAAAUAAUGUCACCUCCAGCUAUAGUAGCAUCCUCUGAGACAGCUUCAGAACCCAUCACUGAGCAGGUGAGCCAGAGCAGUGACACACAGGGUAUUCAGGAAGGUUCUGUGACCACCCCUACAGUUCAAGUUAAUGAGAGUGUAGAGAGCAAGCUUGAAGCAUAUAUCAAGUCUGGAGACCCUGUACCUGAACAGAGCACUGAGAUGCAGGAAAAUGAUAUGACCACCCCUACAGGUCUAGUUAAUGAAUGUCUAGAGACUAAGGUCGAUGCGAAAAUAUUUUCUCCUCCAGCUAAAGGCCUAGUAGCAUAUAGCAGCAGUAGUGAAUCUGAAAGUGAAAGUGAGGAAAAUGAAAGGAAGGCAGUCGCAGAGUCAAGAGAUGUGACGAUGGAAACUCGUGUAUCUUCAGAGGUUUCAGACCCUGUAAAUGAACAGGUGAAGCAGAGCAGUAAGAGACAGCAGAUACAGGACGAUUCCAUGACCACCCCUACAUAUGAAGUUAGUGAAGGUCCCAUGACCACCCCCAGUGAGAGUGUAGACACCAAGCUUGAUACAAAUAUAAAGUCUCCUCCAUCUAUUGAAGCAUUUUCAGAGGACGCUUCAGACCCUGUCCCUGAACAGGUUAAUCAGAUAUGCAUCGAAAUAGAGGAGGUGCAGGAAAAUUCCAUGACCACCCCUCCAGAUGAAGUAAUUGAACGUUUAGAUACCAAGCUUGAUGCAAAAAUAGAUAUCCCUCCACUUCUAGAAGCAUCCUCUGAGGAGACCCAUACAGUUGAAGUCAGUGAGAGUGCAGGAACCACGUUUGACGCAAAAAUAAAAUGUUCACAUCCUGCAACUGUACAUGUGAUGCACAGCACCGAGAUGCAGGAAGAUUCUGCGCCCACCCCUGCAGAUCAAGUUAGUGAGAGUUUAGACACCAAGCUUGAUAUCGAACUAAAAUCUCUUCCACCUGUAGAAGUAGCCUCAGAAGAGACUUCAGACAGUGUCUCGGAACAGGUGACGCAGAGCACUGAGACACAGGAGCUCCAGGAAGAUACCAUGACCACCCCUACAGAUGAAUUUAGGGAAAGUUUAGAGACAAAGUCGGGUGCUAAAAUAAAGUCUCCACCCCUAGAAGCACUUUUCAGUGCUCUAAAGAAGUCCAGUCUUUGCAAACACCCCCUGUCUCAUACAAUGCGCUCAAAUGUCAAAGAGUUUCUGGAAGUAGAGGAUUCUUUAGAAAUCAUGAAAAAAGACUGUGACUUUGGUGUGACAGAGAGUAUUGAGUGUACCUUAGACCUGGAGACCCCGAUUAUUGUUGAGGAUAUGGAGAUUGGCCACUGUAUUGUGGAGGUUGUGGGAGAGAAUGGGGAAGAUGUGGAUAUGGAUAGUGAUCUGGAAAUCAUAGACAACUCUGAGGUGCCAGAGAAGACAGUCCAGCUAACCAAAGGGUCUGAAGAAGAGUGUCGUCAGGAUAAAAGUGAAGCUGGUACUGAAAAUAAAGGCACAAGUUCCUCUAACCAAGACAGCACAAAUAGUGACAACCAGGAAGCUGCUAAAAAGACACCGGGUAGCCCGGAAAAACCCAAGAAACAGCAGAUGAACCCUCAGGCCCGGACUAAAGCCAGACUAGCAGCGCUAGCUGAGCAAAAGGCGGCUGCCUCCAAAAAAGCGAGCAGGCAGCUUAACCUCCUGGCCCUAUGUGAGGAAAUAGCGGACGAUAUCGCCACUGACACCAUGCUAAUAAAGACGAAGGAGGAGGAGGAGGAAAAGGUUGUAACAGUUGAGGCUGAACCCAUUAAGGAGCCAGAAUGCCCACCGCCUUUCACACAGGCUGAGACGGUCUCUAUCCCUCCAACUCCUGCCGGGCCCGAGGAGCCCUCUACCCCAGUUGUACCCACUGCUGCAGAGCCUGCUCCAGCCAAGCCCCCAGCUCCAGAGCCACCACAGAGGCGCUUCUUCAUCAGCCAAGUGACGGUGCCCCUCAAAAUCCACGAGAAGAAGAAACUUACCAGGUUCCAGAGGCUGCGGCAGGUGGAGCUGCAGCGGGAGAAGAAUAUGUCCUGGACCAUGGUAAAGAAGCUGAAGUCGGAUCAGGCCAAUCAUAAGAUGUUUCCAGAGACUGAGGCCAAACCUGCCCCCCCAUUACUGUCCACUCCAGCAGCAGCACCCCUCCCAGUGACCACAACACCCCCACCCCCCUCAGCCAGUCCAGCAGCACCCACAGUAGCUGCACCCUCUCCUGCCCCAGCCCCAACCAACCCAGCUGUAAGCCUAAAGCUUGAGCCCCCCAAAGUUGAGCCCCCCAAAGUUGAGCCCUCCAAAGUUGAGCCCCCCAAAGUGACCCCAAGUAAGGGACCCACCCUUAGAAAGAGGACGCUUCCAGCAGUACCCCCGCCGAUGCCCAACGGGCUGAAAGCUCAGAAGGCCAAGCCUGUGGCAGAGUAUAAGCCUUACAAAGCCAGGCCCAAGUACUCUUUUGAUGACUUUGAACUGGAUGACGAGCCGAAACCCUCACUGCAGAAGGCAGAACUACCCAUCGUGCAGAGGGCAGCAGUGAGCCCAACAUCUACCACCAUUCAGAGGGCAGCAGUGAGACCUACACCUACCACCAUUCAGAGGGCAGCAGUGACACCUACAUCUACCACCAUUCAGAGGGCAGCAGUGGCCAAAAAUGGCAAACAUGAGAAGGCAGAAGUGCUUAAACCCACUGUACAGAAGGCAGCAGUGGUACCUACACUUACCCCUCAAACUGAGCAGAAAGCAGAAGCAUCACCUACACCCAAAACUGGCAAAGAUGAGGAUUCCAUAGCACCAGUGUCUUCCCCCCCGUUUGAAGAGGCCCCAAGAGAUUCUGUUGACAAGGAUCAGUGUGAAGAAAAGCCUACUGGCUUUCUUACAGAAUCUGUCUCUUUCAUCUCAGUUACUGAGAUUAAACCAGCAUCCCCAGAGGUCAAGACAACAACAGAAUCCUCUGACUCUGUGGUCGUGCAAUCAGCAGAUAAUAGCAGUCCCCUCUCUGACGCAUGUCUGCAGAAAGAGAUAAAAAAACUAAAGGAGGCCGACAAAGAGGAAAAUCAAACCAUCAUUGAUGCAGGGCAGAAGCACUUUGGAGCAGUGACCUGCAGUGUGUGUGGGAUGCUGUAUUCCGCUGCCAACCCAGAGGAUGAGUCCCAGCACCUGCACUUCCACAACCAGUUCAUCAGUGCUGUCAGAUAUGUGGGGUGGAAGAAGGAGAGGAUUCUGGGAGAGUACCCCGAUGGCAAGAUCAUCCUUGUCCUUCCAGAUGACCCCAAAUAUGCACUGAAGAAGGUUGAGGAGAUCAGAGAGAUGGUGGACAAUGACCUGGGCUUCCAGCAGGUGGAGACCAAGUGUCCCUCCCAGACCAAAACCUUCCUGUUCAUCUCCAAUGACAAGAAGGUGGCUGGGUGCCUAAUUGCUGAGCACAUUCAGGAGGGCUACAGGGUGAUCGAGGAGGCGGUGCCCGAGGGCUCGGAGGGAGAGAAGGUGAUGUUUGAGCGUCAGAGAGCCUGGUGCUGUUCCACCACCCCAGAGCCAGCCCUCUGUGGCAUCAGCCGUAUCUGGGUCUUCAGCAUGUUGAGACGGAGGGGCAUCGCCUCGCGCAUGAUCGAGUGUCUCAGGAACAACUUCAUUUACGGCUCCUACCUGAGCAAGGAGGAGAUUGCCUUCUCCGACCCCACGCCCGACGGGAAGCUCUUCGCUACACACUACUGCGGCACCUCGCAGUUCCUGGUUUAUAACUUUGUCAGUGGAACUCGUUCAGAUCAACCAAGUCGGAGUGUGGUGUAAGCAAUCGCAUCAAGGUGGAUUUUUGCUGAGGCCCAGUGAGACUUGCCCUCACCAACUAACCAACCAAUCUCUGGAUCUUGUCGUGGGGACAGCCUGUCACAAGCACAUUGUGGUUCUUUUAGACUGAAGGGUUAGACUCAGGCUGACUCUUCUGAGGGGACAUCUAGGUUUUUAAUCUCAGGUUGAAAACAACGUGUUGUUUGAAAAAUAUUAAAAUUCUCCCUUUAAUCCAUGCAUAGUAUUUUGAGACAAAGAAUAUUUUUCUUUAUGUUUUUUAAAAUAAGAAACCAGCGUUUUAUUGGAAGUAUUAAAGAGUUUACAUGCAUGAAACUUGACAGCAAUAGAAUACAGAGUAUUUCUUAAUUCAUAAUUUUGAAUUAUGAACCCCCAUUUCAAACAUAAAAAAAAAAUUGGAGAGAUACACUACAUUUUACUCAAAUGGUUCUAAAACAAUGCUGUGGUCCUGUUCUAAUAAUGCAUUUAAUUAAUUUUAGCCUCUUAAAACAGGUUAAAAGUUGCUGUAUUAAGAUGAAGAGUUAUUCCUCUUGUGUACACAAGGGAAUGUUCUUACACACAUCCAUGUUCAUCAUCUCUUGACAUUUCAUGCAGUGAUAUUAUGACUCCAUUAUGUGAUGGAGUACAUUACUAUAAGAGGUCACUGUCACACAAUUUCUCAUGUGUUUGUUUGAUUCUGGUGAGUUUUUACUCACUAUUUUCUUCACAUGAAAUUGUAAUUCUCAGUCUUGCUGCCAUGUGUCCUAAUCAUGUCCAUUAUUAAAAGGGAGAGUCCUUUUUUGGAUCGUUAUCCCUAGGCGGUAGCAUGGACGGACUAGCAGGCAGGGAAACGGAGGUAAUAACGUUGGUUGGAUUUCUAGAUGGGACAUUUUGCUGUAGUGCUCCCAUUCAAAGCUCUUUACCCAAGUUGCCUCAGAAAUAUAUCUAACUAUAGAGAAGUUAAAUUUGAGCCAUGAUAUAAGUGAAUUGGCAAGGCAGUGAGCAUUUGCUUGUUUCUUCCGCUGUGUAUGUUUGUGCCUACAGUGAAUCAUGAACCUGACUGAUGGACUGACUUGUGAUACUGUAGACUUCCUCAAAAGUUCUCGUUUAAACUGCCCUCAACAGCAUUUUUUUCCUUGAAUUCAAAUGUUUGAUGCUUUAUGAUUUCUUCUAUCGCUAGAAAGUUUUAUCAAUGAGGUCAUGCAUUGUCCUAAAUGCGAAUAAUAACUAAGAGUUCAAAGUAAAUCAUGUGAUAUGAAUAAUAUCAACAAUGCCAUUGAAAGGGGUUUAAAAGCUUCGGGUUAUUUGGUUUUUGAGGGAGUUGAAAACAUCCAUGUCAAGGAUUAUUAUCACAGCAAACCAAGGGACUGUUGCUCAGCCAUCAGAAAGGGUUGUGAUUCAUACAUUUUCUUGUAUCCAUGGGAUUUAUUCAUUCAUCACAUUGCCCUCCAUGUUAAAACAUUUUCUUUUAGAAAUAUUGUGUCGUGUAAGAAAACUACAUGGAUUUAUACAGAGCUGUCAUGUAAAUAGUUAUUUAAAAAUAAACAUUUUGAAAAACUA